AUGUCUUUCGUUCCCCCUGGUGGCCUUGUUCUUGUCACUGGUGCCAAUGGAUAUAUUGCCAGUGUCACCGUCAAAACACUCCUAGAGGCGGGGUAUUCUGUUCGCGGGACAGUCCGAUCAAUUUCCAAGCACCGUCCUUUGUUGGAUUACUUCGGCCCUAAAUUCUCCCUCGUCGAGGUUCCAGAAAUCGCAGCAGACAAUGCGUUUGGGAAGGCGGUUUUGGGCGUCGACGGCAUCGCACAUGUUGCAGCCAACACACAAUUUGGUGCCGGUUUAGCCCUUAUUUCCCAGAAUGUAAAGAGUUUCAUCAACAUCCUUGAGGCAGCUGCGAAAGAACCGCAGAUCAAAAGAGUCGUUAUCACCUCAGCGCAAGGUGCUUGCGCCAGUUGCCAGCCAGGUAUUCCAUAUGAAAUCAACCAGAGUACCUGGAAUAAGAAGUCGAUAGAAGCGGCCAAUACCCCAUUUGAUGGGAAGGAUCCCCUCAAAUAUUCCCUGGCCGUCUUUUCCGCUGCGAAGACUCUAGCCGAGCAGAGUGCCUUUGACUGGGUACGUGAGCACAAACCACACUUCUUCCUGAACUCAGUCGUACCCGCUGUCAAUAUUGGGAAAGUCCCAGCAAUUGAGCAUCUUGGGUUUGGUAGCAGCGGGGCACUGAUUGAUUCAAUUGUACGAGGAUCGGCAAUAGGGGCAACAAUCAUACCAUCGCAGUGGUUUGUCAAUACCGAAGAUACAGCAUUGCUUCAUCUGGCAGCGUUGACCCUUGAAGAGGUCCAGAAUGAGAGAAUUCUGGCAUUUUCUGCGCCUUAUUCAUGGAUGCAAAUGAUUGAAAUUCUCCACAGGCGAUUCCCUGAGCGGAAUGCUACCAUGCUCCAAUCUGUUGAUGAACCAGAGACAGACAGAGGCGUAGUGGAUAAUACGCGUUCAGUCGAGCUUCUCAACCGGAUGGGGAGACCAGGCUUCAGAAAUCUGGAGGAAACGCUUGUUGCGGGCAUGGAAUCAGUACUUGAGGCGGAAAGCUUACCAGUUAGACCAUGGAGUCGCCUAGAUCAAUACCUACAGUGA